AUGCAAAGUAUCGUUGCGGAUGUACCCUAUGAGGUCUGGCAAAAUAUUGCCAGCUUUCUGACCUCGCAAGAAGUCAAAAAUCUUUAUGCCGUCAGCCGCCCACUGUUUUUAAUUGCUAUGGAGGAACGCUAUCGAUGUGUUUACAUCAAAAACGUCGAAGCCGCCCAAACGAUCCGUUCUUUCCAACGUCUCACCGGCAAAUUUGCUGCGCAAUACGUCCGAGAGCUCCAUAUCUGCCCUUUUCCGUCAGGAGAAUUUCCCGUCGCUCCUCGGCGCAGAAAAUGGUGGGAAAGGCUCACAUACACUUUAUGGGGCUCAAAAAGCUCAAGUGGAACGGCUCAAACUUACGCGUCCGAAAGACUUCUAGCGAUUCUGGCCAAUUUGUCCUCAGUGACAAGAUACCAUCUGCUAUGCGAACCCAUUGGCUAUACUCUUAAUUUCCGACAGUUCAUCCUACCGUAUAUUUUGGCUGCAUGGAGUUCAUUUGGAUCGAAUUUACGACACCUUCACUUAUCCGUUUCCUUGGAGGUGAUCCCUAAUACCAUCGGUACCAUCAAACUUGACAACCUGGAAGAGCUCAUCAUCGAUAUAUUCGUCGCAUACCAAACCACGAACCGCACGCGCAUCAUUGACUUCUCAUUGCUUGAGUUCAUCAACAACCAUUGCGAGAAACUCACCCUUUUCGCAAUGAGCGCUUUGGAACCAUUUAAUCUAGACGGAUUGGUCCUCCGGGAACUUGCGCCAAUGCCGCUGCUAAAGAGCUUCGCGUUCGUCGACACGUAUUAUGACCUUGAAGUCCAAAACUUGAGCGGUCUGCAUAAAUUCUUGCAGAUAAACUCACAACAACUCCAGAAGCUGAACAUCGAAUUUAAUUCAUUCCGCGGCAUCUUUUACCCCAGCCCCCUUUGGUCCACACAACCUUGUUUUCAGGUACCCCUUCCCCGCUUGAAAAAUCUGACAAUACAAAUAUACAAGUAUUUUGACGACGUCGUGGGUGGGUUCGUGGAGUGUGUGCACCAGUACACCAAUACCCUGACCUAUCUAGAUUUGGGGAUUGGUUUCUUUACAUUGGGCGACUUGAAAGAGCUCACACAAGGCUUUGUGAACAAGUCAAAUUUUCGAAAGCUUGCCGUCCAUGCUCUCUUUUUGAGCCCCCAGCUUCUUCAUCUUUUAUCUCACAACCUUGCACAUCUCGAGGAUCUCAGUAUCAAGUUCCGUAAGGUCACACAUCACGAGAAUGGUUUUGAUGUAUUUUAUCCUAGCGAUUCUUCCCAGUUCAGUGAAGAGAUGGGCAUCCUUUCGUUUCCCGGCACCUGGACCUUACGAAACUUGCGCCUUACUUCUACUUCGCCGGAGAAUGGUGACUUGGAUAUGAUAAUAAGAAGUGCAGUGGUCAGCGCGUUUCCUCUGGUUGUUGAUUUCAAUGGAGUGAGCAGGGGGGAGUACAUGGAUUCCUAA